GCACGCAUUCGGUGGAUUCAGGUGACCAACAGUUACUUACAGACAGGCCACAGUUCGCACGCGGACACACCACAGGCAGGAAGACCCACACAACACCACACCACACCCACAAAUGAGUCACUCGUCGGGCAUCCUGCCUUUGGGUGCGAUUUCCGUGAGCAAGUGGUGGAGUAGCAGGUCGGAGAAGGCCACAUCGGACAGAUUGCGGGGGGCGGGCCGCCCACACGCCUCAGACAACGCAUACGCUAUCUCGUGCUUGCACUGACACACACACACGGGAGGGGAGGGAGGUGGAUGGGCGAAUGGUCUUGUGAGCUUACGACGAGUUGCUCUUGGUGGCGGUGGACGGGCCCGCCCUGGUCGGGGCCUGACAGACAGCAACAGAAAGCACACCCACGCACACACAUAAAUACGUAGAGUCCAUGCGGCGACUGCCCUGUGCCCUCACAGAAGACAUGCGUGCAUACGUACAUGUGCAGAAGUGCCGCAUGACCAGGUACACUACAUCCUCCCUCUCGGUGCCCUGCACCUGCACACACACACGUGAACAGCAACAAAUAGAUGGAUGGUGGAUGCCAUGGAUGCAGCCAAGCCAUCCGACCCAUUCGUCCCAUGCCAUCCUCAGCCACCCACCCUCCCAUCCCGCCCACCAGUGCGAAUGUGCGUCCAGAUGCGCUGCGGAAGAGGGUGAUUUUGUCCCUGUCGAUGAUGGCAAGCGCCUUGCGCACACGCGUGUCGUCAAAGGCAGCCAGGUGCGCCAGGGCCGCAUCGCUCACUGAACACACAAACCGGCCAUACAGCCAUGGAUCUUGGCCGGCAGAUCCGUCCACAGUUUUGUGUACCUUGGCCUUUGGUGCGAAUGUGCUGCAGUAUGUGGUCGAAUGACGCGUCCAACCGCUCAAAACCGUGGCGAGCCUGCAU